AUGUCAAUUGUUCACCUAUUUGCCAAUAAAGUUCACUCUAUUACACCCGAAGAGCUGGAUGCAGCAGCCCAGUCACUAAUGGUAAAAGAUUUACCAAGUGGAGUGUUAAAAGAACGUCAGUAUAAAUGUAUUGGGUGGAGGGCAACGGCUGAUUGUAGACCGGAUGGAGUUCGGGAUUUGGCUAAUGAUAAAUCAUGUGACCAAAGGAUCAUGAAUGGAGCAUCAGGAUAUUGCGAGAUUGAAGACGUUGAAUCGGGUCAAAGGUUUCGCGUCAUGCAACGCGGUUGCAGCACAGUUAAGAAGGGGGCCAAGUUUUUCUGCUCCGACGCACCUGAUUUCGCCAAUUUCCAUAUAAAAGGAAGUCAAAUAGUCGAGAAGGCAAUAAUGUCAAAUUUCAGUUUGCCUAAUGUGAAAGAAAAUGCGGCGUCGAGAGCGGGAAUUGUCAUGGUAGUGCAUCCAAAAGUGUUAGCAAGUGCAUAUGCGUCUAUUCGCACGUUAAGAGAGGUGCUGAAUUGUCAGCUACCGAUCGAAAUUUGGUUCCGAUCGGACGAGAUGCAGGGAAAUCUUGAGAUACUCAAACCACUUCAAGAAACGGCAACAAAGGAUGCUGUGGAUCGAAUAACGUUUCGAGAGAUCACUGACGAACGAGCGCUUCGUUUUGCAACAAAGGUGUAUGCAAUUUACAACAGUGCUUUUGACCAGGUGUUGUUUUUGGAUUCGGAUAAUGUACCUGUACGUGAUCCGACUUUUUUGUUUGAGUCCGAGGAGUUUGUAAGAACUGGAGCUGUGUUCUGGCCUGACUUUUGGCAUCCAAAACAUACAAUAUUUCACAUCGUGAAAGACUCGCUGUUGUGGCAAAUGCUGGACAUGGAAUACGUUGACAUGUUUGAGCAGGAAAGCGGCCAAGUGCUCAUUGAUCGCCGUCGUCAUGCGGCCGCCAUGGAGCUUGUAAACUUUUAUACUUUUCACGUUCCAAAUCAUUUUAGUCAACUCAAGCUUGUGUUUGGCGACAAAGAUCUUUUUCGAUGUGCAUGGAUCAAGCUGAACGUACCGUUCUUUAUGGUACAGAGUCCACCUGCUAUUGCUGGCAAGGUUGUAAAUGAGAUAUUUUGCGGCAUGACUACGGUACAAUACGAUUCUGCGGGGAACAUACUCUUUCUUCACCGCAACGCCAACAAAUUGACUGGACAAGUAAAACGUGAAAAAAUCAACUACGAAGCCGUAGCUCGAAAGCAGGCUCGUUUCAAGCUACAAGAUCAAGGUCUUCCUGCUGAUCUUGAAGAUAUGAUAGUACAAACCGAACUUGAUUGUUUGAAACAAACACCUGCACCGACGUUGGAGCCAAGAGAAUAUGACAAUCUACCUGAUCCAGUCAUAUGGACGCACCUGUAUUUAUUCCGAAACUCGUCAAGUCGCGUGGACUACCGAAUUAAGACAUACAGGGCAAAGCCAGAUUUUCCAGCGCGGCAGUCAUGCUACGGUCUGCGCAAUAUCAACAAAAUCAAUGAGCACUUUUAUUUUCAGAAAGUCGCAGACCUUAAUUUUCCUGGACUUGAGACUCAUCUACGGCGCUUCGCAAUGGAAGGUGCUCAAUUGCUUGACAAUUAUCAAGUUCGUGUAACAGAUUCUGCUAGAGUAUAA